CUCAUGUCUCUCUCCUCUCGGUUUAUUCCUAAUUUUCUGAUUGUCGCGUUGACUUUGCUUCACAUCUUGGCUGCAGAUCUGAUUGUAAUAAGGACGACAGAGCCUUGCGGAUUGUAUUAAAUCACAUGUUUUUGCGUUAAUACCCAGCAGUCCCGUAUCACUAUCUCCUCUCAACACGGAUGUCCAGCUUCCAGGAGGGGCCAUGUAUCAGGGCAUAAUGACCACCAACCACGGACCCCCCUCCUAUGAGGCCGGAUUUCUGCACAACGCCUCGGCGGGCACCUCUCCGGUGUACGUGCCCACCACCCGGGUCGUCACCCCCAUGAUCCCGGCGCUGCCGUACCUCCAGGCUCCCGGUGCGUCGCAGCAGAGCAGCCCGGUGUCGAGCCACUCUGCCUGGGCUCCGCCGUGCGCAGACCCGGUGCCCUCCUACAGCCACUCCACCCCGGUGUCUCCGCGCUUCGCCUUCUCCACCAGCCCGCCUCUGUCCUCCGGGGUGGCCUCGGUCCGGGACACGGCGGCUUCUUACAGCAGCCCGUUAAACAUCUCCUCCAACGGGAGGGAGCACUACAGCGCCCGGAGCCUCAGCGGGUCGUAUCACGGCCACUACCCGGCCUACAUGAGCCCCAACGUGGGUGCGACGUGGUCGGCGUCCCCCUUCGAUAGCCCGGUCCUCCACGGUCUCCAACCCGGUGCUCAUCAUGGCACAACACGGCACCCAAACAUAGACAUGUAUGAUGACUUUGCUGAGGGGCGAGAGUGUGUGAACUGCGGGGCGAUGUCGACCCCCCUCUGGAGGCGGGACGGUACCGGCCACUACCUGUGCAACGCCUGCGGACUGUACCACAAGAUGAACGGCAUCAACAGACCUCUCAUCAAACCUCAGCGACGGCUGUCUGCCUCGAGGAGGGUUGGCCUGUCCUGCACCAACUGUCACACCACCACCACCACCCUGUGGAGACGAAACGCAGAGGGAGAGCCGGUCUGCAACGCCUGUGGCCUCUACAUGAAACUCCACGGGGUAGCACGACCCCUGGCCAUGAAGAAAGAGGGGAUCCAGACCCGCAAACGCAAACCCAAAAGCCUCAACAAAUCCCAAACUGGUGAGCUUCAAAACCACUUGUGCUUAGGGACCCCGGGCAGCGAUGGGACUCCAGUCACGCCAAGCAGCACUCCCCGAGCCUCCACCACCACCGAGGAGCCUCGACAGAUAAAGACAGAGCCGGACACUCAUAGCUUGUACACACACCACAGCGCACACGCACAGAUUUCAGCCCUGCCUACCUACAUGGCAGCUCAAGGCAGUGCCAUUCCUCUCAAGAUGUCCCCUGGGGGCCACGGUUUGUCCUCUGGCUCCAAAGCGGAGCCCUGGAACAACCUCAUCCUGGCCUAGAAGAC